AUGGCAUCGUCAAAGGCAACACUCUCAAAGAGGGGUGAGGUUUUCGCGACGCCGGCGAGUAAGAUGCCGAUGCUGGAUGUAGUCAACGACCUAUGGCACGCAGAAACAAACCCUGGCGGAUACAUCAGUCUCGGAGUCGCUGAAAAUACAUUGAUGCACAAAGAACUGAUUCGACACAUCACCCAGAAUUUCAGUGUUGAUAGUCAUGCUCUAACAGCCGGUGAUGGGUUCACAGGCUCUCAUCGUCUACGAAAUACCCUCGCAAGAUUCAUCAACCGCCACUUUAGCCCAUUUGAAGACAUCACCAGAGAUCAAGUCAUUGUCACAUCUGGUGUAGGCCAGGCCAUCGAGCUCAGUGGCUUCGCGCUCUGCGACAGAGCAAGUUUAGUCUAUCUAACCGUUUAUAGAGCCAAGAUUGUCGGUGUCUCGUUUGGAGAUGUAGAUCCCUUUAGUAUUGAGACGGUUAACUAUUAUGAGAAAGCCUUGGAAGAAGCUGAAAAGCAAGGGAUCCGGGUCAGAGUGUUCUUGCUAUGCAACCCCCAUAACCCCUUAGGUCGAUGUUAUACCCCCGAGGUUCUGAAAGCGUAUAUGCAAUUCUGCCAGAAGCAUAACCUACACCUCAUCAGUGACGAGGUAUAUGCUCUGUCGGUCUGGAAGAACCCAGAAGCCCCUGGUGCAACGGAGUUUACAUCAGCUUUGGCUAUCAACCCGGAUGGUCUGAUUGAUAGAGACCUCCUACAUGUCCUAUGGGGAAUGGGCAAGGACUUUGGUUCAUGCGGUCUCAGGAUAGGUUGCCUCAUCAGUCGAAAUGAAGCGUUUCUAAGAGCUUGCGAAGCAAACUCUUACUUCUCUGGCCCUUCAUCUCUAGCUGACCUCACGACCGCACGUGUUCUUUCCGACGAUGCAUUUAUCGAGAACUACGUUAAGACCAAUCGAUUGCGAUUAGCAGAGAACUAUAAGCUUACAACCGAGUUUCUCAAGAGUCGAAAGAUUCCCUAUAAAGAAGGAUCCAAUGCGGGAUUGUUCGUCUGGGCAGAUCUAUUCCAGCCCUUGCGCGCUCAGAUCGACGUCACUUUACAGGAAGAAGGGAUGGGAGGUCCUGGCGAAGCACUGAGGACUCUUGAGUCGAGUCUGCAAGACACCUUGCUACAGCACAAGAUCUUCUUGGCUCUCGGUGCUGAUUUUGGAAGCGAUGUACCCGGCUGGUUCCGGAUUGUGUUUGCUCAUGAAGCGACUUAUCUGAAGCUGGGUCUGGAGCGCAUGACCAAAGCUAUUGAAGCUUUCAGAGGUCAGCUUGAGUCGAUAGAAAGUGAAUGA